AUGGAAGAGGUAGAAGACUGCGAACCGGAUGUGGGUUUAGGGAAUGGAGGUCUUGGCCGUUUAGCAGCGUGUUUCAUGGAUUCGAUGGCAAAUCUCGGUGUUGCUGCAACAGGUUAUGGGAUUAGAUAUAAUUAUGGAGUAUUUCAACAGAAAAUCAUCAACAGUUGGCAGUACGAAGAGCCUGACGACUGGUUAUGCUUUGGAAAUCCCUGGGAACGCGUUCGACAGGGAAUUUCAUAUCCCGUGAAGUAUCGUGGAAGGGUUGAAAUUCAUGGUGGACGCAGAGUUUGGACUGACGCAGAAAUGGUCUAUGCUGUACCUUAUGAUAUGCCAAUUCCUGGUUAUCGGUGUAAUGUUUGCUGCACUCUUCGACUUUGGGGUUGCAAAGCACCGAAAACUUUUGACCUUCCGUCGUACAAUACCGGGAGUUUUAUUGAAGCCGUCUUAAAGAGGAAUAUGUGUGAAAAUAUUACAACCAUGCUCUAUCCCUAUGACCACACAAUUGAAGGAAAGAAGCUUCGUUUGAAGCAGGAAUAUCUCCUUGUAUCAGCGUCCUGUCAAGAUAUUUUGAGGCGUUUUCAGCUGAUUGAUGAAAAUGGACCGAGAAGACAGGAUUUCAGGGAACUUCCAGAUAAAAUUGUGAUCCAUCUAAAUGACAGCCAUCUUGCCUUGGCCAUUCCAGAAAUGAUGAGGCUGUUGGUUGAUGUUGAAGGAGUAGGAUGGGAUGAGGCAUGGAAAAUAGUUCAGCAGUGCAUAUCCUUUACUAGUCAAACGGUGCUGCCAACAACACAAGAGCGUUGGCCAGUGAGUCUACUGCGAAGUUUGUUGCCUAGGCACCUUGAGAUCAUCUACAAAAUUAACCAGGAUUUCAUUGAUAUGCUAAUUGACAAAUAUCCAGAUGACAAGGAGAAAGCGAAGAAAAUGUCUGUAUUUCAAUCGGAUACUGGACAUGAAAUGUUCAUUUCCGCUCAUCUCUGCAUCAUUGGCUCUCAUAUUAUCAAUGGCGUUUCAGAGAUGCAUACACAUGCUAUGAAGGAAAUCUUGUACAACGACUUCUAUCAACUGUGGCCGACAAAAUUCCAGAGCAUCACCAGCGGAGUGUCACCUCGACGAUGGAUCAAGCUCUGCAAUCCCACCCUCUCCAAUUUAUUGACGGAGAAGUUAGGUGAGGAUUGGGUUAUAAAUUUAGAAAAACUCAAAGGUCUGAAGAAGUUUGCCAAAGAUGAAACUUUUCUCAAAAAUUUUAUAAGUAUUAAAUUUCAAAAUAAAGUUAGACUUGCAAACUACAUCUUCCAUACUCUGAAUGUUGAAGUCAACCCAAAUACACUGUUCGAUGUUCAGGUGAAACCAAUUCAUGAAUACAGACGGCAGCUGCUGAAUAUUCUGCACAUUAUUGCCCUGUACAAUCGAAUAAAAAGAAACCCACGAAUUGACAUGGUGCCAAGAACCGUGAUGAUAGGUGGCAAAGGCGCGCUCGGUUACACUCGAGCCAAGCUAAUAAUCAGUCUGAUCAAUUGUAUUGCCAAAAAAGUUAAUAACGACCCUGAUGCAAAUGGAAAACUGAAGGCGAGAAAGUUACAAAAAAAAUCAAAUGACAAUCUUCGAGUGAUGACUAAAAUUAGCAGACGUAUUUGUGUAGUUGUUUAUCUUACCAAUUAUGGAGUAACCAUGGCCCAGUAUGUUGUUCCUGGCGCCGAUAUUUCCCAGCAUAUUUCAACUCCUGGUAUGGAAGCAUCCGGGACUGGCAAUAUGAAAUUCAUGAUGAACGGUGUUCCCAUGCUUGGUACUAUCGAUGGUACCAAUACUGAAUUAAUAGAAGAAGCGGGUCAAGACAACAACUUUACUUUCGGUCACACCAUUGAAGAUGUCGCAGAAUUUAGAAGGAGAGGGAGCCACGCAGUUGAAGGCGAAGAACUGCGUGCCGAGCUUGAAGUACCUAAACUGGGAAAAUUUAGAAAUAUUUGGCGGAAAAUAACCGAGAAAAUAUAUGACCCUCAAGCAUACAUUGGCCAGUCCCCAGAAUUGCGUGAGGCACUAGAGCAAAUUAAAUCAGGAUUUUACAAUCCUGAGGAUGUGGAUCGCUUCAAGGUUCUUUAUAAGGAUCUCACAGGUUCUGAUCAUUACCUAAUUUGUGUUGAUUUUUCAAAGUACUGCAAGGCACAGGCUGCGAUUGAAGAGGCAUUUAAAGAUAAAUUGAAAUGGGCUAAAAUGUGUUUGAUGAAUAUAGUGGGAAGUACCAAAUUCUCGUCCGAUCGCGCUGUUAAGGAAUACGCUAGGGAUAUUUGGAAUGUACCCACUGAGAGGCUGGUUUUACCGUCACUAACAUUCGAUCCUGUCGACCCCAACGGUGAGGUUGUUAAAUCUCCAAGCGACAAUAAUGAAAAGAUCCCAUUACCUGUUUGGUAUGUUUCGCGAUGCUUUUAA